UUCCCGACACCUUCUUUUUAUAACUCGGCGCCGGCCCCGGCCGCGGCCGCCGCGCCGACCCCGCCUAUGGAGCCGCUCAAUUGGCCCGGGAGCGCCACCGAGCCAAUCACGGAGGCGGCGGCUGCGCCCUGAGCCCAGCACAUCCCGCAGCGCGCGGCGCCCCGCGCAGAGCCGCGGCCCGACCCGACCCGCCGGCCGCAGCCGCGCUGCGCUCCGCUCCGCUCCCCCGCCCUCCCCUCGCCUCGCCGCCGUGCGCCUUCCCUCGCCCCUUUCGCUGCAAGGGGAAGCUAGUGCGUAAUCCUUCCUUUCUUUUUUUUUUUUUUAAGGCAGAGUGAGAGAGAGCAGGGAAAAAUAAAGAGGAGGAGGGUGGAAGUGGAAGGAAGAAGAGCUGCCGAUGGCAACCGCGGCGCCCUGAGCGGCUCCCGCCCGGCGCGGCGCGAACGCCGCUUCCCUGCCGGCUCCCUGCCUUCGCCGCCGGCCGCCGAGGAGCCCCGCGGGGGCGCCGGGGGGGCCCCGCCGCUCCCGGCUCUGCCGCCCUCCCCAGCCGCCGCUCUGCAGCCUGACCGCGCGGAGGAAAGGUGGAGGGGCGGGGGGGCGGGGGGGGGGAGAGACAGCCGCCCCGGCAGACGAGCCCGCUUGCAGCCGCCACCCUCCGCAGCGAAGGACGAGCGGGGGGAUUGAGGGCCGGAGAAAAAAGAAGAAGAAGAAAAAAAAGGAUCUCGCUUGGUUCGGCCCUUCCGCGGCGCCGGGAGCAGACAGCGGACCCCGUGGAUUUUUUUUUCCCCCUCCCUUCUUCGGCGCUUCUUUUCAAUCGCAAGGACACAGGAAAAAAAAACCCACAGAGACAGAACAAAAAAAAGCAAGACUGAUAAUGAACAGUCCUGUUAAUCAGCUGUCCCGGGCGCUGGGGACGUGCCCCGGCUCGGGCCGUUGCGGGCUGUAGCAGUUCUGCCUCUGCCCCACGCGCUGUGCUGCCCAGCGCUUGUCCCCCCGCCCUGCUUUUGGUGCUCUGUUGCUGUUGUUGUUAUUAUCUUAAUUUUUCUUCUCCGUGAUGUGCUGUUAGAAACCACUCCAGGACUACUCCAGCAGUAGGAAGACCGAGGAGUGGAGUGGAUGAAUAUACCGAUGAGAGAUCCAGUGAUCCCUGGGACGAGCAUGGCUUAUCAUCCCUUUUUACCUCACCGGGCACCGGACUUUGCCAUGAGCGCCGUGCUGGGACACCAGCCGCCCUUCUUCCCGGCUCUGGCUUUGCCUCCCAACGGGGCGGCCGCCCUUUCGCUGCCCGGGGCUCUGGCUAAACCGAUUAUGGAUCAGUUGGUUGGGGCUGCAGAGACUGGUAUCCCCUUUUCUUCCCUGGGCCACCAGGCAGCAGCCCAUCUGCGGCCUUUAAAAACUCUGGAGCCAGAAGAAGAGGUGGAAGAUGACCCGAAAGUGCAUCUGGAAGCCAAAGAGCUUUGGGAGCAAUUCCAUAAAAGAGGCACGGAGAUGGUGAUUACCAAAUCGGGAAGGAGAAUGUUUCCUCCAUUUAAAGUGAGAUGCACUGGACUGGAUAAAAAGGCCAAGUACAUUUUAUUGAUGGAUAUUGUGGCGGCUGAUGAUUGUAGGUACAAAUUCCAUAAUUCCCGGUGGAUGGUAGCCGGCAAAGCUGACCCUGAAAUGCCAAAGAGGAUGUACAUCCACCCGGACAGUCCGGCCACCGGCGAGCAGUGGAUGUCCAAAGUCGUCACUUUUCACAAGCUGAAGCUGACUAACAAUAUCUCUGACAAGCACGGAUUUACCAUCUUAAACUCCAUGCACAAGUACCAGCCCCGCUUCCACAUCGUCCGAGCGAACGAUAUCCUCAAGCUGCCCUACAGCACGUUCCGGACCUACGUUUUCCCGGAGACGGAAUUCAUCGCAGUGACCGCAUACCAGAAUGAUAAGAUAACUCAAUUAAAAAUUGACAACAACCCCUUCGCCAAAGGUUUUCGUGACACCGGCAAUGGAAGGAGGGAGAAGAGGAAGCAGCUGACCCUGCAGUCCAUGCGGGUGUACGACGAGCGGCAGAAGAAGGAAACCGCCACCUCGGACGAGUCUUCGAACGAGCAGACGGCCUUCAAGUGCUUCGCGCAGGCCUGCCCGGCCGCGCCGUCCGUGGGCACCUCCAGCCUCAAGGAUCUCUGCCCCAGCGAGGGCGACAGCGACGCCGACAGCAAGGACGAUCCCCUGCUCGAAGCGAGCGAGUCGGGCAAGAUCAGCACGACCACGGCCGGCACCCCUGCGCCGGCCAGCGCGGCGGCGGCCGACGACCCCCGGGAGAAGGGGGGCAGCCCCGCCAAGGGCCACUUCUUCCCCGGGGACUCGGCGGUGAGCAGGAGCCGGGAGAGGCCGGAGAAAGCCCCGCCGGACUCGCGGCACAGCCCGGCUACCAUCUCCUCCAGCACCCGGGGGGGCGGCCUGGGCGGCGAGGACCUCAAAAGCCCCCUCCGGGAAGGCCCCAAAGGCGACGAGACCCGGCUGCUGGGCAAAGAGCCCUUCGCCCCGCUCACGGUGCAGACGGACAGCGCCGCGCACCUGAGCCAGGGCCACCUGCAGAACCUGGGCUUCGCGCCGGGCCUCGCCGGGCAGCAGUUCUUCAACCCGCUGGGCAACGGGCACCCGCUGCUGCUGCACCCGGGCCAGUUCGCCAUGGGGGGGGCCUUCUCCGGCAUGGCCGCCGGCAUGGGCCCCUUGCUGGCCACCGUGUCGGGGGCGUCCGCCGGCGUCUCGGGCCUCGACAGCACCGUCAUGGCCACGGCGGCGGCCCAGGGACUCUCGGGAGCGUCGGCGGCCGCUUUGCCCUUCCAUCUGCAGCAGCACGUCCUGGCUUCUCAGGGCCUGGCCAUGUCUCCCUUCGGCAGCCUCUUCCCCUACCCCUACACCUACAUGGCGGCCGCCGCCGCCGCCUCCAGCGCCGGCUCGGUGCACCGGCACCCCUUCCUCGGCGCCGUGCGCCCGCGGCUGCGCUACAGCCCCUACGCGCUGCCGCUGCCGCUGCCCGACGGCGCCGGGCUGCUGGCCGCCGCCCCGCCCGGGCCCGCCGCCGGCACGGCCGAGGGCAAAGCGGGAGGCCUGGCUGCCAGCCCCGGCGCGGCGGCCGCGGCGGACUCGGCCUCGGAGCUGGCGAGCCGCCCCUCGGCGCUGCCCCCCGCGCUGCCCCCCGCGCUGCCCCCCGCGCUGGCCGCCGGCGCCGCGUCGCUCUCGCCCAAGCUGGGCGCCGACAAGGAGGCGGCCGCCAGCGAACUGCAGAGCAUCCAGCGCCUCGUCAGCGGCCUGGAGCCGCGGCCCGACAGAGCCCGCAGCGCCUCCCCGUAGCCGCGGCCCGGGGGCGGCGGCCGCGGCGGGAGGGGCCGCGCCGAGCCGAGCCGGGCCGAGCCGAGCCGAGCCGAGCCGCCCGGUCGCGGGGGUCUGCGCGCCCGCGCUCCUCUCGCUUCUCCACCGUGCAAAACCACAGAAAAGCGAAGUAGAACCAACCAACGAAGAAGAACCCCCCCGCCCCGAGCGGCCGUGCGGCUAAAACCGGAGAGAAGCGAUUUUCUUUUUCCUAAAAAAAGAAAGAAAGAAAGAAAGAAAGUAUAAGUAACUUGCAUAUCGGUUCUCCAACCAUUGUUUCCUGGACGGGUUGUUAGCGACAACCCUCUUAGUCUAUAUUAAGGGAAGCUGUGUGUUUCAAAUAUUAUUGUGAUGUCCGAGAGCCGGUCGGUGGCUUUUUUGCAUGUUCCAUAGUAGUCUGCUUUUUUUGGGUUUUAUUUUUUAUUUCGGUGGGGUUUCGUUGUUUAAUUUUUUAUGCUUGUUUCAAAUCCCAGGGAUGAAUAAUAAUAAUAAUAAUAAUUAAAACAAAAAAAUAAGACCCUCUUCCCUUUACCUGAAACAUCCUCCCUGUAGCAACGACAAUAAGAAGUGUAGUUGGAAAGGAAAAAAAAGUAAAUUUAUUUUAUCUAAAACCCUCUGUAGCUUGACUGUAGGUUCAUCACAGCCUUCCCUCUUUAAUUGUAUAUGCAAUAACAAGGUUUAAACAUGCUGAGAAGAAGAAAAAAAGCGGACACUAUUAUUAAAACAAAGUAUUUAUGUAAUUAUUUGAUAACUCUUGUAAAUACGUGGAAUAUGAAUACUCGAAAUUAAACUUUAAUUUAUUGACAUUGUACAUAUCUCUGUAAAUACGACUGCAGCUAUCUUUUUUCUUCUGUUUUUAUUUUUAGUCGUUUUCAUUUCAAGUUCGUAAUUCCUUUAAACAUACGCCCCAACCUAGCAGAACCACCCAGAGGAGAAAUCCCGUGAUUCCGAGUGCUCACUUUUUAAAUUUAUGUUCACCGCAGAAAACCUGACCUCGUCCUUUUUAAAAAGAGCCGAAUGCAAAAGGCAAAGAAGAAAGAAACAAACAAAAAAAAAUCAAAGACCUUAAAAAAAGAAAACGCCAUGUGCCAUGGUAGCUUUUAAUCCUUGAUUUCUUCAGUGUUAAAAGUGCUACUUUCGGUAUAAAAUUUCAACAAGAACGACAAAAAAUAUAUACUUUAAUACAUGACAACAGGCUUCUCCAGUGGCUUGAGAGAAAAAGAUGAAGAUUCUAGGAUUUUCUUUACUUUGUACUAUUUUUUCCCAUUUCCUUGGUGUGUCAAAAAACCACGAUGGAAUUUUACUACUGUGCUUAUUGUUGUCUUUGUUUGAGUGAGUGCAUAUUUUCUUGGCUUGAAAGUCAGGUGCUCAGAGCUGGUUCAAAGGAAAAAAAAAUGAAGGUAUAUUUUGUGUUAUAUAAAUGUUGAGAAGUUUUUCGGUUUUUUUUUCCUUGUAAUUUUUUUCCCUUUUAAAAGUCACUGAAGUUUCAAUAAAUUUUUAUUGAAAUGUC